ACUCACUCGUCACACAUUUGGACUGAGAGACCCGAGGACAUCCAUUUUCCUAGUUGAUAUCACAUUUUUAUUAAUUUAGCACUUUAACACACUACUGAGUGUACACAGUGUUUAAUGUCUCUUCUUAGAUAAUUUCAAAGAUUUUCUAAAGCCCAAGGGAUAUUUUCUUAUCUACAAGUUGAGUUGUGUUUGCUGUCCCUCCACAAUGGGUGCAUUUAUUGCCAAGAUGCUGCUUCCGACAGUCAGCAGCCUGGUGUUUCUGCCUACAGCCAGUGUGGCUGCCAAGAGGGGCUUCCACAUGGAGGCCAUGGUCUACUUCUUCACCAUGUUCUUCACUGCGAUCUACCAUGCAUGUGAUGGACCAGGCCUCUCCAUUCUGUGUUUCAUGAGAUACGACGUUCUGGAGUACUUUAGUGUUUACGGCACAGCUCUCUCCAUGUGGGUCACACUGAUAGCUCUGGGCGACUUUGAUGAACCCCAGCGCUCCAGUAUGACCAUGUUUGGAGUGCUGACCAUCGCUGUGAGGAUCUACCAGGAUCGCUGGGGCUAUGGGAUCUACUCCGGACCCAUCGGAUCAGCUGUCUUCAUCAUCACUGUCAAAUGGCUGCAGAAGAUGAAGCAGCUGAGGGGAGUAUAUCCAGAGAAGACAGUGUACACGCAGCAGGUCGGUCCAGGCUGCUGCUUUGGGGCUCUUGCUCUGAUGCUGCGUUUCUACUUUGAGGAGUGGGACUACGCCUAUGUCCACAGCUUCUACCAUCUGUCUCUGGCGGUGUCCUUCAUCCUGCUGCUGCCAAAGAAGAACCGCUACGCAGGGACAGGACAAAACGCGGCUAAACUCAGCUGGUUCACUCUCUGCUGCUGUUCCAUGUCCCCUGGUACUACUAAAGAGAAGACAGACAAGCCGAAGAAGAAGUCGUCUCGUAGCGUCUGGACAAUCCCCACAGAGAAGCCUUGGAAACAACGCAGUAGCACCCCCAUCCUGCCUCUUUACACCCCCCCACCCACCACACCUGUCAAAGGGACCAGCAUCAGCAAGCUCAAAGAGAUGAACGGCUGGAAGUGAACCCCAAGAUGUAACUAAGUCACAUAGAAGGACUUCAUCCUGAAGUGAAGGAAAGGCAGAGAUAGUGGUCAGCUAGAAGCGGGAAACAGGAAAAUCACCAAAUAACGGUCAGCCAUGCUGAUAAACUUGUAUGUGGCUGCUAAGUUAAUCUUCUUCAGCAGGAAACCAACCAUCAUGAGGAUGU